AUGGCAAUGCACUCAGCAGUUAAGGGUAAACUUUUGGCCGUGAUCGGAGACGAAGACACGUGUGUCGGUUUCCUGUUGGGCGGUGUCGGUGAAAUAAACAAACACAGACACUCGAAUUUCAUGGUUGUUGACAAAAAUACAGCAAUAAUUGAUAUUGAAGAAUGUUUCAAAGGGUUUGUCAAACGAGAUGAUAUCGACAUAAUACUCAUCAAUCAAAACGUUGCUGAAAUGAUUCGUCAUGUGAUUGAAGGACAUACACAACCGAUCCCAGCAGUCCUCGAAAUUCCUUCCAAGGAUCACCCGUAUGACGCUAGUAAAGAUUCAAUUUUGCGUCGUGCCAAGGGAAUGUUCAAUCCAGAGGAUGUAUGA